AUGGGAGAGCUGCCUCCGGGAGCCAUGAAAACAGUGACCGUCUCUCCAGGGAGCAGCAGUUGGACUUCCAAGGGGCCUGGCCCCUUCUCUGCACACACCCUGUGGGCUACCUGGUUAAUCCCAUCAAACUCAGAGCGUCAAGGCAGACCAGCCUCUGGAGGAUUGGGGGAGAGGGACUCCAGGCUUCCAGCAGCCAAGGUGCAACCUCUGGACCUGAUGCUGGCAGCAGCUGUGCCUUCUCAGAACUUUUCAAAAGGACGUUUCCCCGCCUCCGUCUGCCACAGCAUCUCUGCCUUUGAAGCUCUUGUCUUCUGA